GGUUCAACCCAGACCUACUGCUGUACACAGAGCUAGCAAAUGCACCCUGUGUUUAGGUCAGAAGCUUGGUGAAUGCUUGUACAAUGAGAGAGGUUUUGCGUCUACAUAAUAAAGUGGCCUGCAUAUAAGUAAACACACUAGGCUAUCCAAAUGGUGAUCAUGUCAGGCACAGCCACUGUGCUGCAGCAGUUUGUCAGUGGGCUGAAGAGUCGAAAUGAAGACACCAGAGCGAAAUCUGCCAAAGACCUGCAGCAUUAUGUGACUACGGAGCUCAGAGAGUUGAGCCAAGAUGAAGCCACUACAUUCUACGAUGAGUUAAACCACCACAUAUUUGAGCUGGUAUCCAGCUCAGAUGUAAAUGAGAAGAAAGGAGGGAUUCUUGCGAUUGUGAGCCUGAUUGGAGUCGAGGGAGGCAAUGCCACCCGAAUCAGCCGCUUUGCCAACUACUUGCGUAACCUGCUGCCAUCCAGUGACCCUGUGGUUAUGGAGAUGGCCUCUAAAGCUAUGGGCCAUCUGUCCAUGGCAGGGGACACCUUCACGGCCGAAUAUGUGGAGUUUGAAGUGAAGAGGGCUCUGGAAUGGCUGGGGGCAGACAGGAAUGAAGGCAGGCGUCAUGCUGCGGUGUUGGUAUUGAGAGAGUUGGCUGUGAGUGCACCCACCUUCUUCUUUCAACAAGUCCAGCCCUUCUUUGACAACAUCUUCUAUGCGGUGUGGGACCCCAAGCAGGCCAUCCGGGAGGGGGCUGUGUCUGCACUCCGGGCCUGCCUCAUCCUCACCACUCAGAGGGAGACCAAAGAAAUGCAGAAACCACAGUGGUACAAACAAACCUUUGAGGAGGCUGAGAAGGGUUUUGAUGAGACUUUGGCCAAAGAGAAAGGGAUGAACCGUGACGAUCGGGUCCAUGGUGCUCUCCUGAUUCUGAAUGAGUUGGUUCGCAUCAGUAGCAUGGAAGGAGAGCGCAUGCGUGAGGAGAUGGAAGAGAUCACACAGCAGCAGCUGGUCCACGAUAAGUACUGCAAGGAACUAAUGGGCUUCGGAACCAAGCCCCGUCACAUCACGCCCUUCACCAGCUUCCAGUCAGUGCAGCCACAGCAGUCCAAUGCUCUCCUGGGUCUGCUGGGCUACAGCACACCUCAGGGCUUCCUGAGCUUCGGAGCGACACCAGUUCCUGCCAAGAGCUCCCUGGUAGAGAGUCGAUACUGCCGAGAGCUGAUGGAGGAGAGAUUUGACCAGGUGUGUCGCUGGGUUCUAAAAUACAGGACCAGUAAAAAUCCACUGAUCCAAAUGACAAUCCUCAACCUUCUGCCGCGCUUAGCUGCCUUCCAGCCACACACAUUUACAGACCAGUACCUGUCUGACACUAUGGGCUACUUGUUGGGCUGUCUGAAGAAGGAGAAGGAGAGGACGGCAGCUUUCCAGGCUCUGGGGUUGCUGGUCGUGGCUGUAAGAGCGGAGAUACAGCCUUAUCUCACCAAGAUCCUGGAGAUCAUCAAGGCGGCUCUGCCUCCAAAGGACUUCGCUCACAAGAGGCAGAAGACCAUGCAAGUAGACGCCACAGUGUUCACCUGUAUCAGCAUGUUGUCUAGAGCCAUGGGUCCCAGCAUCCAACCGGAUAUCAAGGAGCUGCUGGAGCCCAUGCUGGCUGUGGGUCUCAGCCCGGCACUGACUGCAGUGCUGUACGACCUGAGCCGUCAGAUUCCCCAGCUGAAGAAGGACAUCCAGGAUGGUCUGCUGAAGAUGCUUUCCCUGGUGUUGAUGCACAAGCCGCUGCGUCACCCCGGCAUGCCCAAAGGCCUCGCUCAUCAGCUGGCCUCUCCGAGCCUCACCAACAUCCCAGAGGCCAGCGAUGUUGGCAGCAUCACCUUGGCUCUACGCACACUGGGAAGCUUUGAAUUUGAAGGACACUCCCUCACGCAGUUCGUCCGUCACUGUGCCGACCACUUCCUCAACAGUGAGCACAAGGAGAUCCGGAUGGAAGCAGCUCGGACCUGCUCACGUCUCCUGACGCCCUCCAUCCACCUGAUUAGUGGACAUGUAGUCAGUCAGACAGCGGUGCAAGUUGUAGCUGAUGUGCUCAGCAAACUGCUGGUUGUUGGUAUCACAGACCCAGAUCCAGAUAUCCGAUACUGUGUGCUGGCAUCACUUGAUGAGCGUUUCGAUGCUCAUCUUGCUCAGGCUGAGAACCUGCAGGCAUUGUUUGUGGCGUUGAACGAUGAGGUGUUUGAGAUCCGAGAGCUAGCGAUCUGCACGAUUGGACGCCUCAGCAGCAUGAACCCCGCCUUUGUCAUGCCAUUCCUGCGCAAGAUGCUCAUCCAGAUCUUAACUGAGUUGGAGCACAGCGGUGUUGGCAGAAACAAAGAACAGAGUGCACGUAUGCUCGGUCACCUGGUUUCCAAUGCACCCCGCCUCAUACGCCCAUAUAUGGAGCCCAUCCUAAAGGCCCUCAUCCUCAAGUUGAAGGACCCAGAUCCUAAUCCUGGGGUGGUCAUCAGUGUUCUUGCCACGAUUGGGGAGUUAGCUCAGGUUAGUGGUCUAGAGAUGAGGAAGUGGAUGGAUGAGCUUUUCCCCAUCAUCAUGGAUAUGCUGCAAGAUUCCUCAUCAUUGGCCAAGCGACAGGUGGCGCUGUGGACACUGGGCCAGCAGGUGGCGAGUACAGGCUAUGUGGUGGAGCCUUACCGCAAGUACCCAUCGCUUCUGGAGGUGCUGCUCAACUUCCUCAAGACUGAACAGAACCAGGGCAUCAGGAGAGAGGCAAUCCGUGUCCUGGGUCUUCUUGGAGCUCUGGACCCCUACAAGCAUAAGGUCAACAUUGGGAUGAUUGACCAAUCACGAGACGCCUCUGCCGUCAGCCUCUCAGAGUCCAAGUCCAGUCAGGAUUCUGCUGACUACAGCACCAGUGAAAUGCUGGUCAACAUGGGCAACCUUCCCCUGGAUGAGUUUUACCCUGCUGUGGCUAUCGUCACACUCAUGCGCAUCCUGAGAGACCCAUCACUCUCCAACCACCACACAAUGGUGGUCCAGGCUGUCACCUUCAUCUUCAAGUCUUUAGGCCUGAAGUGUGUCCAGUUCCUGCCACAGGUCAUGCCCACAUUCCUCAACGUAAUCAGAGUCUGCGAUGCCAGCAUCAGAGAGUUCCUCUUCCAGCAGAUGGGAAUGGUGGUGUGCUUUGUGAAGAUCCACAUCCGCCCCUACAUGGACGACAUCUUCACCCUCAUCAGAGAAUACUGGACACCGAACAACCCCAUGCAGAACACCAUCAUCCUUCUGAUUGAGCAGAUCGUGGUGGCGCUCGGUGGAGAGUUCAAGCUCUACUUGCCACAGCUCAUUCCACACAUGCUGCGUGUCUUUAUGCACGACAACAGCACCGGACGCAGUGUCACCAUCAAGUUGCUCAAUGCCAUCCAGUUGUUUGGUGCCAACUUGGAUGACUACCUCCACUUGCUGCUGCCUCCCAUUGUCAAGCUGUUCGAUGCCCCUGAUGUUCCCCUUCAGGCUCGCAAGGUUGCCUUGGAGACACUGGACCGGCUGACGGAGUCCCUGGACUUCACUGACUAUGCCUCGCGCAUUAUCCACCCGAUCGUGCGGACUCUUGACAGCACGCCUGAGCUGAGAUCCACUUCUAUGGACACCUUGUCCUCUCUUGUGUUCCAGCUGGGCAAGAAGUACCAGAUCUUUAUCCCCAUGGUGAACAAAGUGAUGCUGAAGCACAGGAUCAACCACCAGCGCUAUGACAUACUUAUUUGUCGCAUUGUUAAGGGCUACACUCUAGCAGAAGAGGAAGAGGACCCUCUAAUCUUCCAGCAUCGGCAGCUUCGUGGUAAUCAAGGCGACGCCCUGGUCAGUGGACCAGUGGAGGCAGGGCCUAUGAAGAAGCUUCACGUCAGCACAACUGCACUUCAGAAGGCGUGGGGCGCUGCCAGGAAGGUGUCCAAAGACGACUGGCUGGAGUGGCUCAGGCGGCUCAGCGUUGUCCUGCUCAAAGAGUCAUCGUCUCCGGCCUUGCGAUCGUGCUGGUCACUGGCACAAACCUACAUCCCACUUGCCAGGGACCUCUUCAACGCUGCCUUUUUGUCAUGUUGGUCGGAGCUGAGUGAAGACCAGCAGGACGAGCUGAUACGAAGCAUCGAGCUGGCGCUAACGUCCCAGGACAUCGCCGAGGUCACCCAGACUCUGCUAAACCUGGCUGAGUUCAUGGAGCACAGUGACAAGGGCCCUCUGCCCCUGAGAGAUGACAACGGCAUUGUCCUUCUUGGAGAGAGAGCUGCGAAGUGUCGCGCCUAUGCUAAGGCUCUGCAUUACAAAGAACUGGAAUUUCAGAAAGGUCCCUCUCCUCUCAUUCUGGAGUCUCUAAUCAGUAUCAACAAUAAAUUACAGCAACCAGAGGCUGCAUCUGGAGUGCUGGAGUAUGCCAUGAAGCAUUUCGGAGAGCUGGAAAUCCAAGCCACCUGGUAUGAGAAGCUGCAUGAGUGGGAGGAUGCCCUGGUAGCCUAUGACAAGAAAAUCGAUAUGAACAAAGAAGAUCCAGAGCUCAUCCUGGGCAGAAUGCGCUGCUUAGAGGCCCUGGGAGAAUGGGGCCAGCUACACCAGCAGUGCUGUGAGGAGUGGACACUGGUCAGCGAGGAGACCCAGGCCAAGAUGGCUCGUAUGGCCGCUGCAGCUGCCUGGGGUCUAGGGCACUGGGACAGCAUGGAGGAGUACACGUGCAUGAUCCCCAGAGACACCCAUGAUGGUGCUUUCUAUAGAGCAGUGUUAGCCCUGCAUCAGGACCUUUUUUCAUUGGCCCAGCAGUGUAUUGACAAAGCAAGAGACCUCCUGGAUGCUGAGCUGACGGCCAUGGCUGGGGAGAGCUACAGUCGAGCCUAUGGGGCCAUGGUUUCUUGCCAGAUGCUGUCAGAGCUAGAGGAGGUGAUCCAGUAUAAGCUUGUACCAGAGAGGAGGGACAUUAUAAGGGAGACAUGGUGGGAGAGGCUUCAGGGUUGUCAGCGGAUUGUCGAAGACUGGCAGAGGAUCCUAAUGGUCAGAUCACUGGUCAUCAGUCCCCAUGAGGACAUGAGGACGUGGCUGAAGUAUGCAAGUCUCUGUGGCAAGAGUGGACGUUUGGCUCUGGCUCAUAAGACCCUGGUGCUCCUUCUGGGUGUCGAUCCCUCCAAGCAGCUCGACCACCCACUGCCCACCGCCCACCCCCAUGUAACCUACGCUUACAUGAAGUAUAUGUGGAAAAGCACCCGCAAGAUUGAUGCUUUCCAGCACAUGCAGCAUUUUGUGCAGGGGAUGCAGCAGCAGGCGCAGCAUGCCAUUGCAGCAGAAGACCAACAGCACAAGCAGGAGCUCCACAAGCUGAUGGCCAGAUGUUUCCUGAAGCUGGGGGAGUGGCAGCUCAGUCUGCAGGGUAUUAAUGAGAGCACCAUCCCCAAAGUUUUGCAGUACUACAGCCAUUCCACUGAGCAUGACCGCAACUGGUAUAAGGCCUGGCAUGCCUGGGCAGUGAUGAAUUUUGAGGCAGUGCUGCAUUACAAACACCAGAACCAAGGACGCGAUGAGAAAAAGAAACUGCGUCACGCCAGCGGUGCAAGUGCCAACAGUGAAGCUAGCAAUAGCGACAGUGAAAUUGACAGCACAGACCAUAGUCCUGUUCCCUCACCGGGACAGAAGAAGGUCAAUGAGGACCUUUCCAAGACGUUACUCCUGUACACAGUCCCUGCAGUGCAAGGUUUCUUCCGUUCUAUUUCCUUGUCUCGAGGCAAUAACCUUCAGGACACACUCAGGGUCUUGACAUUGUGGUUUGACUAUGGACAUUGGCCUGAGGUGAAUGAAGCCCUGGUGGAGGGUAUAAAGACAAUCCAGAUUGACACCUGGCUCCAGGUGAUCCCACAGCUCAUUGCUCGAAUCGACACCCCCCGAGCUCUGGUGGGUCGUCUCAUACACCAGCUGCUCACAGACAUCGGUCGCUAUCACCCUCAGGCUCUGAUCUAUCCGCUCACCGUAGCCUCCAAGUCAACAACCACAGCCCGCCACAACGCUGCUAACAAAAUCCUGAAGAACAUGUGUGAACACUGCAACACCCUGGUCCAGCAGGCCAUCAUGGUGAGUGAGGAGCUUAUCCGAGUGGCGAUCUUAUGGCAUGAGAUGUGGCAUGAGGGUCUUGAAGAGGCUUCACGCCUGUAUUUUGGUGAACGCAACGUCAAGGGAAUGUUUGCUGUGCUUGAGCCUCUUCAUGCCAUGAUGGAGAGAGGACCACAGACCCUUAAAGAAACCUCCUUUAACCAGGCAUAUGGCAGGGAUCUGAUGGAGGCUCAGGACUGGUGCAGGAAAUAUAUGCGUUCUGGAAAUGUCAAAGAUCUGACCCAGGCCUGGGACCUGUACUACCAUGUGUUCAGACGUAUCUCCAAACAGCUGCCACAGCUGACCUCCCUGGAGCUACAAUACGUGUCUCCGAAGCUGCUGAUGUGUCGUGACCUGGAGCUGGCUGUUCCAGGCACUUAUGACCCCAACCAGCCUAUCAUCCGCAUCCAGUCCAUCGCCCCCUCCCUACAGGUCAUCACCUCCAAGCAGCGCCCACGCAAGCUCACCAUCAUGGGUAGUAAUGGCCACGAGUUCAUGUUCCUGUUGAAGGGCCACGAGGACCUGAGGCAGGAUGAGAGAGUCAUGCAGCUGUUUGGUCUGGUCAACACACUGCUCGCCAAUGACCCUGCAUCCCUGCGCAAGAACCUCAGCAUCCAGCGCUAUGCAGUGAUCCCUCUGUCCACUAACUCGGGCCUGAUUGGUUGGGUGCCCCACUGUGACACCCUGCAUGCUCUCAUCAGAGACUACAGGGAGAAGAAGAAGAUCCUGCUCAACAUUGAGCAUCGCAUUAUGCUGCGGAUGGCCCCAGACUAUGACCACCUGACACUGAUGGAGAAAGUGGAGGUGUUUGAACACGCUGUAAACAACACAGCCGGAGACGACCUGGCCAAGCUCCUGUGGCUCAAGAGCCCGAGUUCUGAGGUGUGGUUUGACAGGAGGACCAAUUACACCCGCUCCCUAGCUGUGAUGUCCAUGGUGGGAUACAUUCUCGGACUGGGAGACAGACAUCCAUCCAACUUGAUGUUAGACCGAUUAAGUGGAAAGAUCCUGCAUAUUGACUUUGGAGACUGUUUUGAGGUUGCCAUGACCAGAGAGAAGUUCCCUGAAAAGAUCCCGUUCAGACUGACGAGGAUGCUGACCAACGCCAUGGAGGUAACAGGCUUGGACGGUAACUACCGCAUCACAUGCCACACAGUGAUGGAGGUGCUAAGGGAGCAUCGGGAUAGCGUCAUGGCUGUGCUGGAGGCCUUCGUCUACGACCCGCUGCUCAACUGGAGGCUCAUGGACACAAACACCAAAGGCAACAAGCGUUCCCGCACCAGGACAGACUCGUACACCGCUGGACAAUCAGUAGAGGCCCUGGAAGGAAUCGACCUUGGAGAGACCACACACAAGAAACCAGGGACCACAGUGCCCGAGUCCAUCCACUCUUUCAUUGGAGAUGGUUUGGUUCAACCUGAGGCACUCAACAAGAAAGCUAUUCAGAUUAUUAACAGAGUGAGGGACAAACUUACAGGUCGAGACUUUUCUCAUGAUGAAACACUAGAUGUGCCAACGCAAGUAGAGCUCUUAAUCAAGCAAGCCACAUCACAUGAAAACCUGUGCCAGUGCUACAUUGGAUGGUGUCCAUUUUGGUGAAGGACCAUCUGCAGCAUCCAAGGUUGCACUUGAUGUUCUGUCUUCAGUAACAAACCAGGAAGCAGCACUUGAUUCUAACAGGCUGAUGUACUUCAGAGGAGGAAAAGCCUUUGAGGAUUUUGUUUGUUUCAAAAUGUCAUAUGUACUCUGGCAUGUUUUUACCUGAAGGUACCUAAGGAGUAAGGAAGCAUUUUUUUUUUUUUUUUUGUGAAUCCUAAUUUAAUUCUAAAUGUCACGAUUGUUAUAAAUUCUCUUCUUGCUUUUUCCAUGGUAUUUAGUUGCUUAAUGCUUUCUACAGUGGCCAUAUUGUAAUAAGUCAUGACAUUUCCUACAACACACUGUUUGCUUCACAAGUCUGCUUACUCAUUGUGUAAUGUGACGAAUUUCAAUAAAAUGCUCUGCCUUUUAAAAUAAAUUCUUGAAGGAUUAAUCGUGACUAAGUGUGAACUAAUUUGAGAUGGUGCUGAUGUACUGUAUGGACAUUUAGGUGCCAUUAAACCAUGUACAGAUCCCACAG